GUUCUACUUGUGGUCAUUUCCGGUACAUUUGAAUUUGGACUCAUUGCUGGGAUGGACCACCGUGAGCUGACUAUUCUGUCUCCGAGAGGCCUGGCCAUCAGAGACGACAGCCUUCGCAACCCAGAAGGACCUGCAGUACAUUCUCCAUCCUCCCAAUUGGUGCCUUCCGUGGGGAUACAGAACAGUAAGUUGCUUAACAAAACUUGCUGCCUGAACGGAGGGACCUGCAUCCUGGGGUCUUUCUGCGCCUGUCCACCCUCCUUCUAUGGACGCAACUGUGAACGGGACUUACGAAAAGAGCACUGCGGGUCUGUCCUCCAUGGCAACUGGCUGCCCAGGAAGUGUUCCCUGUGCAGGUGUUGGCAUGGCCAGCUGCACUGUUUUCCUCAGACCUUUCUACCCGGCUGUGAUGGUCAUGUGAUGGACCAGGAUCUCCCAGCAUCCAGGACUCCAGGACAAGCACCGUCUGUGCCAACCACUUUCAUGCUAGCUGGCGUCUGCCUUUUUCUAGAAAUGAAAGUGUAGGUGUCAUAUGAAUCAUGCCAGUGUCCUAACAAAGAUGAUCAUUUGUCAUUCAUUUGAAAGCAAUACUCAUAGUGAUCCUUGACACUCCCCUCAAAACUAACUAGGCCUUACCUCUGCCCAGCUCCGCCCCUUUCUGCCUGUGCUGGCGGUCAAAGCACAGCUUGUGUGUGCUAAGAGCAGCGGUCUAACACUGAGCUACGCCACCAGCCUAGAAACUACUCUACUUAAAAACUACUACAUGGCCACAUCCUGCUUCUGUUUUUAAUUUUAUUUUUAUUUUAUGUGUAUUGGUGUUUUGCCUGCAUACAUAUAUAGGUGAGGGUGGUGAGUGUCCUGGAACUGGAGUUGCUGAUAGUUGUGAGCUGUCAUGUGGGUGCUGGGAAUUGAACCUGGAUCCUGGAAAAGCAGUCAGUGCAGUCUUAACUGCUGAGCCAUCUCUCUAGCAGCCAUAUCCUGCAUUUCCUGAUGAAGUAACUCCUACUUGUUUUGCUAAUACUUUUAAGCAAUUCUUAAGAUUAUGAAAUUCUGAUGUGUAACUAAGAGCAAAUUCAGAGUAGGUGUAUAUACAUUACUAGAAAGCCAAAUUAUAAAACUACAUGUUGUAAAGUCUGUUUUUAUAAUACUUUAAUAAGAGUGUGCACAGUAAAAAUGGGAACUCUGUUAAUCAAA